CACCGCUUGCAGCUUAGCUGCUGCGAUUCAUCAACCCCGACGCCGAAACGCAUACAGAUUCAGUACGGUGCGCCGGGUCUGACACUUAGUAGCGCUCGUUCACGAUGCCCGUCUUGAGACCGCCUUCGGGCAACCCAGACGCCCCCCAGCAAUACAAGCAGCCGUCCAGGAAAGGCAAGAAGGCAUGGCGCAAGAACAUCGACAUUUCCGAGGUGCAGCAGGGCCUCGAGGAACGGAGCGAGCAAAUCAUUAAAGGAGGAGUUCUCGCCGAGCAGGAUACCCCGGGCCUCUUUUCUCUCGAUACUGUUGGUGACGUCGAACUCGAGAAGCGGUUCCCGAAACACGUGAAAAAGGGCCUCAAGGCCGACGAGAUCAUUGCGCAGCGCUCGGCUGUACCUGCCGUGUCGGCGCGCAAGCGGUCCGGUGACAAAACCACAGACGGCAUUCUCCCCGUCAAGCGGCAGCGCACCGACUAUGUCACGCACAAGGAGCUCUCGAGGUUAAAAAAGGUUGCCGACGGCCACCACGAGCAAACAGUCGCGGUUGUGGAUGCCGAGUACGAUAUCUGGGCCGAGGCGAAGGAGGACCAGAAACCUGAGGAGACCUUCUCCUUUUUGCCGAAAGCCGAACAAAAGAAGAAGCCCAAGACUCUCGAGCAGCAGCCCAUCUCGCUGGCAGCCAGCGGGAAGCCGAUCCCUGCGGUGCCGAAGCCGAAAGGUGGCCACAGUUACAACCCGGCCUUCACCGAUUACCAGGACCGGCUGAUCGAGGAGAGCGAAAAGGCUGUCGAAGCGGAGCGAAAGCGCCUCGCGGCCCUCGAGGCGGAGCGCCUCAAGCUCGAGGCAGCGGCGCGAUCGGCGGCCGAGGCAGAAGCGGCGGAGGCACGGGCUGAUCUGUCCGAGUGGGAGGACGAUUCCGCUUGGGAAGGGUUCGAGAGCGCGGGCGAGGAGCUGAGUGUCAAGGCCAAGAGACCACGGCGCAAGACGCAGGCCGAGAGGAACCGAAUCAAGCGGCGCAAGGAGGAGGAGCGGAAGGCGAAGCACGAGGCGGCCAUGAAGCGAAAGCAUACGCAGGCGGAGCGCGUCAAGCAAAUCGCGCUCGAGGUGGCGGAGAAGGAGCGGAGGAUGGCGCUGGAGAAGAUUGAGAUGAGCGAUGCGAGCGAGGAGGAGGGUGACGACGUGAAGCUGCGGCGCAGGCAGCUGGGCAAGUUCAAGCUCCCCGAGAAGGAUCUGGAGUUGGUGCUACCGGACGAGCUUCAGGAUUCGCUCAGGCUCCUCAAGCCCGAGGGCAACCUGCUCAAAGACCGGUACCGCAGCAUGCUUCUCCGAGGCAAGAUGGAGAGUCGGAGGAAGAUUCCGUUCAGAAAACAGGCCAAGAGCAAGAUCACCGAGAAGUGGGCGUUCAAGGAUUUCUCGAUCUGAAGGGUUGAAACACAUUGAAUACAUCUCAGGCAGGCUGCUGUUGUGGCCGCCAACCGUCCUCGUCCUCCUCGUCCAAUGCAGCAACCACGUUCUCGUGCCGCUUUUCCCGACGUCAUGAGGCUCAUCCAACCUCAGUUCUUCACAGCCUCGUCGCAGUAAG